UCCGCACUGAUGCGGUAAAGUUAAGUGAGACAACUCAUCUUACAAGUGGCCCGCGGUGAAGAGAGGCUUUCCUCAAGUUUUAUACAUCCUUUUCUUCCGGAUAAUAAACUAAUUGAAUCUAACCGUCCGGGGCCCGGGACACCGAGAAAAUGGCUGCUCUUUCAGCCUGGUUCUGGAACGAGAGGUUUUGGCUCCCACACAACGUAACCUGGGCGGAUCUGGCAGACCCAGCUCCCGGGGUGGAGUACCCCAAAGCUGGACACUUGUUUACUGCCCUGCCGCUGGCUUUGGGGAUAUUCGCCGUCAGGAUACUCUUCGAAAGAUUUAUUGCCAGUGCCUGUGCCCGGAGUCUCCACAUCAGUCCAGGUGUUGGACGAAGAGCUCAGCCCAAUGCGGUGCUGGAGAAAGUGUUUACAUCCAUCACAAAGAAUCCAGACACUCGCCAUCUGGAUGGCUUGUCUAAGCAGCUGGACUGGGAGGUGCGGAAGGUCCAGCGUUGGUUCAGACACCGCAGGAACCAAGACAAACCCAGCACACACACUAAGUUCUGCGAGAGCAUGUGGAGGUUUACAUUUUAUUUGUGCAUAUUUACCUAUGGAUUCCGGUUUCUGUGGCAGUCUCCUUGGAUGUGGGAUACACGGCAUUGCUGGUACGGUUAUCCCUAUCAGGCCAUGACUCUGGGUCUUUACCACUACUAUGUGACAGAACUGGCUUUCUACUGGUCACUUAUGUUCUCCCAGUUCACUGACAUUAAAAGGAAGGACUUCCUGAUCAUGUUCAUCCAUCACCUGGCGACAGUCGGCCUGGUCAGUUUUUCUUACGUCAACAACAUGGCGCGAGUUGGGAGCCUCGUGAUGUGUGUACACGAUGCCUCUGACUUCCUGCUGGAGGCAGCCAAGCUGGCCAACUACGCUAAAUACCAGCGCCUGUGUGACUUCCUCUUCAUUGUGUUUAGUGUGGCAUUCUUCAUCACACGACUAGUUAUAUAUCCAAUAUGGGUCCUGAACUCCACUAUGUUUGAGAGCUGGGCCAUAGUUGGGCCAUUCCCGUCCUGGUGGCUCUUUAACUUCUUGCUGCUGGUCCUCCAAAUGCUGCAUAUCAUCUGGUUCUACCUCAUAGCCCGUAUAGCUGUCAAAGCCAUGCUGCGGGGCAAGGUGUGCAACGAUGUCCGCAGUGACAUUGAGAGCAGCUCUGAGGAAGAGCGCGACACGCCCACAGAAGGCCUCAAGACUUCUCCUCACAGUCCCAAAGGAGAAAACGGCACCAACGGCCACUGUGCUUCUGCCAAAGCUCGAGUGCAGAACCACAGCAGCUGGUGACAUGAAGCAGGGAGCCCCCUGCAGUUCAUCCCUCACAACCAAGUCUCCAAGAGCUUUGUUUGUCUUAUGACAUUCCCUUGAUGUACAAAGCUCACGCCCACACACACACACAUACAAUCCACUAUCACAUCGACAGUGAGAGCGCACAGAUUUAUGAACUAACGAUGGAUAUGCAGACACCUGAUGUCUGCUUUGAAGAGCCCUGUAAUGACACAUAUGACACAACUCGA